CGUGUUCCUCCCCCCACGUCUAUCACACUGCUCGCUCGCGCAGUCUCGCCGUCCUUGUCGCUAGUCUUCUUCGUCUUCGUCAAGACGAUCUCGCCGCCGCCUUCUCUUCUCCACCCUUCUCCGGUUCCAAUCCAUAUCCUCGCCAAACCCCCAAACCCUACUUAAACUCCGCCUCUCGACUCUGCUCUGACCCGGACCCAACCAGAGGUGAAAGGGGGUAUCGCGAAAAUGCCCUCCACCUCCUGCCUCCUCCUCCCCCUGCUGCUGCUGCUGCUCGCGGCAGCAGCCGCCGCUGGCGGGGGCCUGUCGGCACACGAGGCGCUGUUCGACGCGUGGUGCGCGGAGCACGGCAAGGCCUACGCCACGCCCGAGGAGCGCGCCGCGCGGCUCGCCGUGUUCGCGGACAACGCGGCCUUCGUCGCGGCGCACAACGCCCGCGCCAACGCCGUCGGCGGGUCGCCCCCGUCCUACACGCUCGCGCUCAACGCCUUCGCGGACCUCACGCACGAGGAGUUCCGCGCCGCGCGCCUCGGCCGCCUCGCGGUCGGGCGGGUCGGGGCGACGCUCCGGAGCGCCGGCGCGCCCGUGUUCGGGGGACUCGACGGCGGCGUCGCCGCGGUGCCCGACGCGGUCGACUGGAGGAAGAAAGGGGCCGUCACCAAGGUCAAGAACCAGGGCAGCUGCGGAGCUUGUUGGAGCUUUUCAGCUACAGGUGCUAUAGAAGGAAUAAACAAAAUCAAGACGGGCUCACUGGUCAGCCUUUCUGAACAGGAACUAAUUGACUGUGACAGGUCAUAUAAUAACGGCUGUGGUGGUGGCCUCAUGGAUUAUGCUUUUAAGUUUGUGAUUAAAAAUGGUGGAAUUGAUACGGAGGAUGAUUAUCCCUAUCGUCAAGCAGACGGAACAUGUAACAAGAACAAGCUGAAAAGGCGGGUUGUGACAAUUGAUGGUUACUCUGAUGUCCCUUCAAACAAAGAAAACUUGUUGCUCCAGGCUGUUGCCCAGCAACCAGUUAGUGUAGGAAUAUGUGGCAGUGCACGAGCAUUUCAGCUAUACUCUCAGGGUAUCUUUGAUGGUCCAUGUCCGACAUCUCUUGAUCAUGCUGUGUUAAUCGUGGGUUAUGGUUCCGAAGGUGGCAAGGAUUACUGGAUUGUGAAAAAUUCUUGGGGUGAAAGGUGGGGAAUGAAGGGCUACAUGCAUAUGCAUCGAAACACUGGUGCUUCCAGUGGUAUCUGCGGUAUAAACAUGAUGCCAUCAUUUCCAACCAAAACAAGCCCGAAUCCUCCUCCUUCACCAGGCCCUGGCCCAACCAAAUGCAAUCUGCUUACCUACUGUCCUGAAGGAUCCACCUGUUGUUGCUCGUGGCGCGUCUUGGGCUUGUGCCUUUCUUGGAGCUGCUGCGGACUGGACAAUGCAAUUUGCUGCAAGGACAACCGUUACUGCUGCCCUCAUGAUUAUCCUAUUUGCGAUACAGUUCGUGCCCAGUGCCUCAGGGCCAAUGGUAACUUUUCUGGUAUUGAAGGAAUCAAGAAGAAGCAGUCUUUCUCUAAAGUUCCCUCUUGGAAUGGUUUGUUGGAACUGAUGGAUCAAAGUAUCAAAGCCAUUAACGGGAAGAGCCCCAUAGUGGUUGGGCCUUGGGGAGGGACAGGAGGAUAUCCUUGGGAUGAUGGUGUGUACUCGACAAUACGCCAGAUUGUGAUCACCCAUGGUGCAGCUAUUGACUCUAUAAGGAUUGAGUAUGAUCUGAAAGGAAGAUCAGUUUGGUCAGAGACUCACGGGGGUACUGAUGGAAGCUCCCAAGCAGAUAAGGUGAAGCUAGAUUUUCCAGAUGAAGCCCUUGUGUCUGUAAGUGGACACUAUGGAUCAGUCUGUGGGACUCCAGUGAUCAUAAGGUCACUGACAUUUCAGAGCAACAGUUCAAAGUAUGGACCUUUUGGCACCGAAGAUGGGACGCCUUUCUCACUUCCAGUGAGCAGUGGGAAGAUCAUUGGAUUUCAUGGAAGGUCUGGGUCAUAUCUCAACUCAAUAGGCUUCUAUCUGAAGCAAGUGCAUUUUCCAAAUCCAUUGAAUUCUCCCGCCACACCCAGAAGCCUCCCAAGUGAACACAUUAGAAAUGGAUACAGCUUCACUGGGGAUGAUACUGGAGCUGACAUGGUCCUUGCUGUGCGAGAUAGAGGCGACAGCUAUGCUGUUUAUGCUAGCAAUGAACCUAAGCAGCAGUAUGUAAACCCAUCACCGGACUACAGUGAUGGAGCUGUCUGGAACAAGAUGGUUUCUUUCCCUAGUUACUAUGGAGAUAAAGGAGCUGCAGCCAUGAACAGCACUCACACUUAUGGUCCCUGGGGUGGAAGUGGUGGCACCAUCUUUGACGAUGGUGUUUACACCGGUGUGUGGCAGAUUAAUUUGACACGUGCAGUGGGAAUUUCUUCUAUGAAGGUGCUGUAUGAUCGAAAUGGGCAGGCAGUAUGGGGUAACAAGCAUGGAUUCAGUGGAGGUGUUCCACCUGACAAGAUAGUAUUCGAUUUCCCGUCAGAGGUGUUAACUCAUAUAACCGGGUUCUUGGAUUCAGCAAUAAUCAUGGGCCCAACUGUGGUCAGAUCGCUCACAUUCCACACAAACAAGCGAACAUACGGACCGUAUGGGGAUGAGAGUGGGACAUACUUCUCCACAAGUUUUACCAAUGGAAGGAUAGUAGGAUUUCAUGGCAGGGAGGGGUGGUACAUCGAUGGCAUUGGAGUUCAUGUCCAGGAAGGCAAGGUAGCACCACAGCGAUUUGUUAGCAGACCGACGACCCCUACUAGUCCAUCACUGCAUUACAACAUGCUUGCUCAAGCGCAGAGUAAUACAUAUACAAACGACGAGGUUGCUUAUGGCAUGGUGAAAGAACCGGUUCCAAUGGGACCAGGGCCAUGGGGCGGGGAGGGAGGCCGGCCAUGGGAUGACGGCGUCUACACCGGGGUGAAACAAAUCUACAUUAUGAGAGGCGCUUUCAUCGGGUCGAUUCAGGUCGAGUAUGACCGGAGUGGCUACUCCGUCUGGUCUGCAAGGCAUGGGAACAGCGGCCACAUAACCCACAGGGUGAAGCUGGACUACCCUCACGAGGUGCUGACGUGCGUGUACGGCUACUACAACACGAGCAGGGAGGACGGGCCCCGGGUCCUGAGGUCGCUGACGUUCGUCACCAACCGGGGCAAGUACGGGCCAUUCGGCGAUGAGUUCGGCGCCUACUUCUCGUCGGCGAUGACGGAGGGGAAGGUGGUGGGAUUCCACGGCCGGAGCGGGCAGCACCUGGACGCCAUCGGCGUGCACAUGCAGCACUGGCUCGGGGACAGGAGGCCUGCCCCCAAGUACGUGCUGUCCAAGUACCUCUUCUGAUCGCCGGGCAGGGUCAAAUACACAUGUAGUUUCGGUUUAUAAGAGAUAAUUUUUGGCCUUAGUUUGGAGGCUGCAUUUGAGUUCAUUCCCCUGUAUUCAGGAAAGGCUAUGAAAUUGAAGACUGAAGAGAUGUAAUUGUCUGAUUAUUA